CAGUUACCGCUUGGCUGGUGCGGUGCAGUUUGGUCUGCCCUCCCACCCAAAAAACCCAAAAAAAUCUCUCCUUUUCUCCGUCGUAUCCCGUACGGUUCCCUCCGACGAUUCUAUCCCCGUUUUACACCUCCCUCUCCUCUUUUUAUCCCAAUAUUACCCUAAAAAAUCCCCAAAUAUAUACUUUUAGGUCUUAGAUUACCAGUUUAGAAUCCUCUGUGUGUUUUGUUGAUCUCUCUAGGUUUUAAUUUAAUUGUAACAGGAGGAGAGGGAAACAAAAAAAUCACAAAAAAAGAAAAAAUAGAAAAAAUUUGAAGGAUCCAGAAGGCCUGUGUGUUUUGAUUUGAGAUGGCGCAGAUUCAGCUGCAUCAAUCGGGGGCUUCGGUUCCGGGACCCAACGGAGUGGCGGCGGGACCUGGAGCGAUCCAGUUUGUGCCGACUUCGCUUUAUGUUGGUGAUCUUGACUUCAACGUGACUGAUUCGCAACUUUACGACGUGUUUAAUCAGGUCGGCCAGGUGGUUUCGGUUAGGGUUUGUAGGGAUUUGAGUACCAGGCGAUCUCUUGGCUAUGGUUAUGUUAACUAUAGCAACCCUCAGGAUGCUGCUAGGGCAUUGGAUGUCUUGAACUUUACUCCACUCAAUAACAAGCCUAUCAGGAUCAUGUAUUCCCAUCGGGACCCAAGUAUUCGUAAGAGUGGCAUGGCAAAUAUAUUUAUCAAGAACCUGGACAAGGGUAUUGAUCACAAAGCUUUACACGACACAUUUUCUUCAUUUGGCAAUAUUCUUUCUUGCAAAGUUGCUACUGAUGCUUCUGGCCAGUCCAAAGGCUAUGGUUUUGUACAAUUUGACAGCGAGGAGGCUGCACAAAAUGCAAUAGAUAAAUUAAAUGGCAUGUUGAUCAAUGAUAAACAAGUGUAUGUUGGACACUUUCUUCGCAAACAGGACAGAGAUGGUGCUCUAUAUAGCAUAAAAUUCAACAAUGUUUUUGUGAAAAAUCUGGCUGAAUCCACAACAGAUGAAGACUUGAAGAAUAUUUUUGCUGAACAUGGAGCAAUUACUAGUGCUGUGGUGAUGAGGGAUGCUGAUGGUAAAUCAAAAUGUUUUGGAUUUGUUAACUUUGAAAGUGCAGAUGAUGCUGCCAAAGCUGUUGAGGCUCUUAAUGGAAAGAAAAUCGAUGGUGAGGAGUGGUAUGUUGGAAAAGCCCAGAAAAAAUCUGAAAGAGAGCUUGAAUUGAAAGGGCGAUUUGAGCAGAGUAUGAAGGAGACUGUUGACAAAUUUCAAGGCUUGAAUUUGUAUAUCAAGAAUCUAGAUGAUAGCAUCAAUGAUGAAAAACUCAAGGAAUUGUUCUCUGACUUUGGUACUAUUACUUCGUGCAAGGUCAUGCGUGACCCUAGUGGUAUUAGUAGAGGUUCUGGAUUUGUUGCUUUCUCAACUCCUGAAGAAGCGUCUCGAGCUCUUGCUGAGAUGAAUGGCAAAAUGUUGAUCAGCAAACCCCUGUAUGUUGCCCUUGCUCAACGGAAGGAAGAGAGAAGAGCAAGACUUCAGGCACAAUUUUCUCAAAUGAGGCCAGUUACCAUGGCACCUUCAGUUGCUUCUCGUAUGCCAAUGUAUCCUCCUGGUGCUCCAGGUAUGGGACAGCAAUUUCUGUAUGGGCAAGGACCUCCAGCCAUGAUGCCUCCCCAGGCUGGAUUUGGCUACCAACAGCAACUUGUCCCUGGAAUGAGGCCUGGUGGUGCCCCAAUGCCAAAUUUCUUUGUUCCUCUGGUUCAGCAGGGUCAGCAAGGCCAGCGGCCUGGAGGGCGACGUGGGGGUGGUCCUGUUCAACAGACUCAGCAGCAAGUCCCUCUCAUGCAGCAACAGAUGCUUCCGAGGGGACGCGUGUAUCGUUACCCACCAGGUCGCAACAUGCCAGAUGUACCAAUGCCAGGUGUUGCUGGCGGCAUGCUUUCUGUUCCUUAUGACAUGGGCGGCAUGCCAAUACGUGAUGCUGCACAGCCCAUGCCCAUUACUGCUUUAGCUACUGCCCUGGCAAAUGCAACACCUGAACAGCAGAGGACGAUGCUGGGUGAAAGUCUAUACCCCAUAGUGGAUCAGCUUGAGCAUGAUUCAGCUGCCAAGGUUACAGGCAUGCUUCUGGAGAUGGAUCAAACUGAGGUGCUGCACCUUCUUGAGUCACCAGAUGCUUUGAAGGCAAAAGUGGCAGAAGCUAUGGAUGUCCUUAGGACUGUAGCUGCUCAGCAGCAGAUCAACAGUCAAGCGGAUCAGCUUGGGUCACUGUCUCUGAAUGACAAUCUUGUCUCUUAAGUGUGUUUGGUGGAUUAGGAAAAGAGUGCUGAAUGGUUUGCAAAAUCUAGACCUAGUUUUACUGGCAGAAAAAUCAUUACAUUCCUUUCAGUGUGUUGUUCUAGUUUUAUCAUGCAAGGUUGGAAUUUUGAAUUCUUGGUAUGCUCAUUUGCGUGGUGCAAGGUCUCCAGAUAUUUGGUAGAACUUGAUAGAUAUUCCUUGUGUGUGUUUUGUGUAACUCGAUUGAGAAUUCUAUCUUCCGUUUCUGCUUUAGUUUGCUCAAUGCUGGCUGUGUGUUGAUGUUA